AUGGCAAGCGAGGUGGAGUUAGCUCAAUCGGCCACGGCUGGUGGCGAUACCAUAUUCGGAAAGAUUUUGAGAAAUGAAAUACCCGCUAAAUUUGUCUAUGAAGAUGAGCAGUGUGUAGCAUUCCAUGAUGUGAACCCUCAAGCUCCUACUCACAUCCUUGUGAUACCCAGAAAAGCUAUACCGCAGUUGUCUAAAGCUACAGAUGAAGAUGAGCAGCUUCUUGGUCACUUACUAAUUGCUGCACGCAAAAUUGCAGCCAAAGAGGGUUUGGACAAGACUGGUUUUCGGCUUGUUAUAAAUGAUGGAAAAGAUGGUGCACAAAGUGUGUACCAUUUGCACAUUCACAUUUUGGGAGGACGCCAAAUGCGUUGGCCUCCUGGC